CACCCUGCAUCCCCAGCCGUCGCCACUCGCUGCCAGUGACCCAGCCACCACAACCCCUCUCAUCGCCAUGGGAACCAAGAAUCUUACACGGAACCGCCCCGCUUCCAUGGCGACGGCGUCCACCACGCUGCUCCUCUCCCUCGCCCUCCUCGCCUUCGCCUGGGCGGCAUCGCCGUCGCCGGAUGCGGAGGCGAUCUCCCGGUUCCAGGAGUACCUCCGCAUCGACACGGCGCAGCCGGCGCCCGACUACGCCGCGGCCGUGGCCUUCCUCCGGAACCAGGCCUCCGAGGCCGGGCUCGAGGCGCGCACGCUCGAGCUCGUCGCCGGGAAGCCCCUGCUUCUGCUGCGGUGGCCCGGGCGGCGGCCGUCGCUCCCCUCCGUACUCCUCAACUCCCACACUGACGUCGUGCCGUCGGAGCCGAGCAAGUGGGACCACCCGCCCUUUUCCGCCGCCCUCGAUGAGGCGUCCGGUCGCAUCUAUGCGCGAGGCUCCCAGGACAUGAAGUGCGUGGGGAUGCAGUACCUUGAAGCCAUCCGCCGACUCCGUUCUUCAGGAUUUAUUCCAGAUCGAACUAUUCAUGUAAUAUUUGUUCCUGAUGAGGAGAUUGGUGGGCAUGAUGGUGUUGAGCUGUUUGUUUCAUCUAAGGAGUUCAAAGAUAUGAAUGUGGGGUUAGUGCUUGACGAAGGGCUUCCAUCUCCUGGGGAGGAGUAUCGGGUGUUCUAUGCAGAGCGUAGCCCCUGGUGGCUUACCAUAAAAGCAAAGGGUGCACCAGGGCAUGGUGCAAAGUUGUAUGAUGGCAGUGCAAUGGAGAAUUUAAUGAAAAGCGUGGAGGCUAUCAGGAGAUUCAGAACAUCGCAGUUUGAUUUAGUGAAGUCUGGGCAGAAGGCUGAAGGGGAUGUUGUGUCAGUGAAUUUUGCAUACCUGAAGGCUGGCACACCGACACCAACGGGUUUUGUCAUGAAUCUCCAACCAUCUGAAGCACAGGUAGGUCUUGACAUCCGGAUGCCUCCUGAUGUUCAUACUGAAGCACUGGAGAGGCGCCUUAUUGAAGAAUGGGCACCUUCCUCACGCAACAUGACCUUCGAGUUUAAACAGAGGGGUUCUGUCCUGGACAACUUUGGGAAGCCAGCCUUCACACCUGCUGACAGCUCGAACCCAUGGUGGCCAGUGCUUGGAGAAGCUGUUAAGAAAGCUGGCGGUAAACUCGGUAAACCGGAGGUAUUUCCUGCCUCUACAGAUGCUCGCUACUUCCGGAAGAUUGGUUUACCAGCAUUCGGUUUCUCUCCUAUGGCAAACACACCAGUAUUGCUCCACGAUCACAACGAGUUCCUAAGCAAAGACGAGUAUAUCAAAGGAAUUGGGGUAUACGAGUCGAUCAUCAGGGAGCUGGCCACUCACAACGAUGAAGCCAGAGACGAAGAAUCGAGGGCAGAGCUAUGAGAUGACCUUACCCUCGAUGCAAUUCUUGAAGCUCAAAUGGAGCACUGAAAUCAUGUUUGGGCAAAGCUGCUGAUUACGUGUCUGCUCCAACGGCAAAACUGAAACAGUGAACACGAUUACAUGAACCUUGUACAUUUUCAGUAAAAUUAAACACUCUGAAUAAUCCAUACUGCAGCUGCGGUUUCGCCGUUGCAUAAACCUAGCACUAUGCACUGAACUUUUUCUGCUAAUAUCCUGUUCUGUUUUAUGCUUGUGA